ACGGUAGCUAGGACGUUGGCAAGAAACGCUCUACCGGCCUACCGCAAUGGAGCCAGCGGUGAUUACGGGGCCACUCCUCACCCUCGCCGCGGCCAGGCGCCUGCUGUUCGUGGCGCCUCCCCACGGCUUCGCGUCCAUCUCCACCCGCUCGUCCAUCGGCGGCGGAGGCGGGGGCGGCGGAGGCUUCUUUGGAGGAAGCGGCGGCGGAGGAGGAGACUCUGAUGCCGGCGCUGCUGCGGCGGCGGCAGCCGCCGCUGCACUCGGUGAGACUGGGACGGCGGAAGACGACGUCAUCCUGCUCCACGUCGGGGGGAUGUCGUGCGGCGGGUGCGCCUCCAAGGUGAAACGGAUUCUCGAGAGCCAGCCUGAGGUUGCUUCUGCCACAGUGGACUUUGACAAGGCAACUGCAGCCGUGUGGACAAUAGCUGAAGCCAAGAAAACAGAAGACUGGCAGAAGCAACUGGGAGAGAAACUUGCACUUCACCUAAGCAACUGUGGAUUCCAGUCUCAUCUGCAUGAUGAAGCUGGAGACGAAUAAUAGUUGAUCCAGCCUCAGCAGUGGGUACCAUUGAAGUUUUUUGCUAAUCAGAGGGUCCUUAAAGGCAGUAACUAGUCUUGCAAAGAUUAUAUAUGCGGCUAGAUGAAAUACGUCUUGUUUGAGAGUUGCGGAGUUAUGCUUGUGUCCCACCUACGACAACUAUCACGGACUCACAACAUAUCCCAGUCCUUUACACUGAAAUAGAGAGACGAAUAAAAACAAUGAAAUAGAGAAACUGAAAUUCCAUUUUGGAAUUAUUUCAGGAUGUA